AAGUGAGACCCGCUGGUACAGAUGAAGCAACAAACCGAGGACUGGGAAGCCAAUCCCAAUAUCCCGCAGCCACCAGUGAUUACCCCCAAUGUACCAUGCUUGCCUACACCUAUACUCCAGCCCAGACUCCAAUUUAAAAACUUGAUUGAUCCUUCAUCUCAUCAUAUUUUCGCUUGGUGUGUCUCAUGCGCAAACGUCUUAUUUAUCCAAUGCGACGCGGUAGCCGACCUUCCAUAUAUGUCCAACGGCAAAGGUUCUAUCGACCGCUGUGAACCUAAGUCUGUCAUGAUUGCAGUUAGCUGCAGAUUUUGCUUCGGUGUUACCUUUCAGAAAGUAUCUUCGGAGAUGCUUACAACCUUGAGUCUUAGCCCGGAAUGGGUAGUCAGCACUUUUCUGUAUCAGAACCUGGGAAAAAUUACAUGCAGGCCAGUUACUAUACCACACAGGGGUAAACAGAUCAUUGCUGUACCGAUAGACAAGCUUGCAAAGGAUCUGAAGUUUUCAAAUGGACCGUGUCGCGUUCUUGGGUUGAAAACCACUGCUGCUCAUCAAGCAGACACUUCUAUGGAGGACCUGAUAGCCCCAUUUGUGAGCAGUAACUUCAUCUGAGAAUUCCUAUUGGGUUUCGGAAGGAUCUGUGACUGGAAAACCUCAAUACGCUCCACGUGUGUAUCUUAGAAGGCAUCGUGCAAGGGAACCGGGAAUAUUGCGGCUUGUGACGACCCAAUGAGUAUGGGUAUGUUAAGUAUUUCGUUUUGGGGAAUGAAAUAUUUGCGGACAUGCUCAGAAACGAAGGGGCUAUGCGAAUGAGAACGAG